GUGAACAAGAAAAUGAGAACCACCGAAAAUCAGAUAGCAUUAUCACUGUCGAAGGGCAAGUCCCUCCUCCCCUUUGUGCCUCUCUCCAAGAGCCUAAAACUGCACCACCCUAGAUCAAAUAACAGUUGGCAAGUCCAAAAGGUUAUGUGAGCGACUUUAAGCUAGCUAGGGUGCUACACAGCUGGAAAAGCAUAGACCAUGGCAUUGCAACAUCACUUUCUAGCAUGCAAAAAUGCCUCCAUCCAAAAGAUUUACAUGACUCAUUCAUCUGGGGAUAGGAAGGAGAGUUUCCCAGAGGUGCCUAGGCCUCCAGCCGAACAGUUUGCACCUCUGGCAUCGACUUUUCAGCGUCGUCUACUUGUUGGUGUUGGUUCAGCUUCUCUGGUGGCUGUUGGUGCAAAUUUUGGUGGGAUUACCAGUUUUCUUCUUGGAUUAUCACCGGAAAGCGGUCGAAAUGUUAAGCUUGAUGUGCUUUAUCCAAUUGGAGGGUAUAGCCGAUGCAUUGAGACAAAUGAAGGAUUUGAAUUCAUAUACCCUGCAACUUGGGUUGGAGACCAAAGGCUGCUUUAUCGUGCAGCUGAGAAGACAGAAUAUGAGAGAUCACUCGAUCCACCUCCACUGAAUAAUGGGAAAUCUAGUGAUGGGCGGCGCAAGAAUGUGAAUGAACCGGUUGUUGCAUUUGGCCCCCCAGGUUCAAGUGGUGAACUCAAUGUUAGUGUCAUUGUCUCACAAGUCCCUCCUGACUUCUCGAUUGAAGCAUUUGGAGGGCCUAAGGAGGUGGGAGAAGCUGUGGUCCGGACAAUCACAGGAUCACGCCUCGACGUGAAAGGUACUUUGACCGAAUCAAGUUUAAGAGAGGACUCUCUGAGGAAAGUUAAUUACUACAAGCUGGAAUUCAGAGUUGAAAGCCCCGCAUUUCACCGGCAUAAUCUAGCAGUUUGUUGUGCUCGCGGUGGUAGAUUAUACACCUUGAAUGCACAAGCACCGGAAUCUGCAUGGCCAAAUGUGAAGGCAGACUUCUAUAGGAUAGCAGAUUCAUUUAGUAUCAUCUCUUGAUAAAGAAAAAAAAAAGCACAGGAGCAAGAACAGACAUUUUGAAGUUUGUAUUCUCCUGAAAUCUUAUUUUAAGGCAGCUAGUCCUGGAGCAUUAUUACACAGUUUAACAGAAAAAAAUAAGAUUAUACUUUAUGCUA